AUGGUGGAUCCUACUGAAAACACAAGCAACCGCGGAAACACCGCUCUCAAGCGAAUUGAGCACGGACUCACGUAUAAGCACGAAAUCAGAAACCCGUCUUUUAGACGCAGAUCGUUGUCGCCCCAAAAAUCACGUCCUCUGGCAGCAUCUCCAGGAAGGGUGCCUUUGACAUGUAUCAAGAAGCCUUCAAACACUAAGCUGGAUCCAGUGGUUUUGGGAAAGCACGAUCUCACGAAAGCAUUGUCCACGGCAGAGAAGGAGAACGACGACGCGAAAAUCGGAGCCGACAAGCUCGAAGUGGUGGAUGUGGAUUCCGACGUGGCAGAUGUGCAGUCGUCUCCCGUGGGAUCGCACCAGAACAGAAUGACGUCUAAGAGACACCUGGAUACGCCACUAGCAAUCUCCGGUGCAAAGAAGGUGCACUUGGGCGAGACAUCGUUCCAGACACCUCUCAGAGAGCAGUCAAAAAGACGCGUGACUCCUCACAGGGAGCAUCACAGUCGUCUUGUGGACGAUUCGGAAAUUGAUUUGCACAACCCUCCAGCAGAGAAUCCUGUUCUUGAUUUGGAGAACAGCCCAUUGGCGAAUGUCAGCCAUGGCCAGUUGUUGGAAGACAAGAUUGACGGAGAGACAGAGGUCAUCAAUGGAUUGAGACGUCAAGGAACUCAUAUUCAUGAUAUCUCUGCCAUUGCUGCCAACUCUUCAAUGGACCACAACAACGACAGCGGAGAGUCUGACGGCGAGCAGGACGAGAAAAUGUCUCCGGUCAAGCUGUCUCAGAAGAUCUCUGCAUUGGACGUGUUUAAUGCGAUGAUUGACCAAGAGGAAGAGAUUGACGACUUCGAGCUCGUCGCAGGUGACGAUUUGGACGACAAGCCUCUGUUCACCCAGUCUCAACUGGAUUCGAUCAAACUCGCAUUGCAGAGUACUGUUGAUUCUCUAAGCAAUGAAGUCAAGGAGAAGAAUGAAAAGCUUUCGACCAUUGAAACUGCGCUCACAUCUGUGUCAUCUCAAUUGGAAUCCGAAACCGAGAUCAAGAAAAGAGUUCUUAAUGAAAAAGCACAACUUGUUGCCGAGUUGGAGUCCUGCAAACAGUCAAUGCGCGCUUCGAACACCAGAUACAACAUGAUGGAGUCUCGCUUCAAGUUCCAUGAAUCAAAACUGGAGAAGGUCAAGACGGUUUACAACCAACUGAUGAACACUGCUAAGAAUCUUGAGUCGAGUCUCGAGGAGAAGUCAUCCCGCAUUCAAGAGCUCGAGUCUCUAAUCAACAGCUUGAAAGAGGACAAAGUUUUACUGUCAAACGAAAAGAUCGAAUUGUCGUCCUCUUUGGAACUGAAGCAAAACGAAAUUGAGGAAUUGAACAAUGAGAAACUGUCGUUGGAAAACCAGUUGAAGGAAGUUGUUACAUCUACGGCCAACUCAUCCAAGAAGACAGACGAAUUGGUGAAAGAGCUGGAGCUGAAGAGUUCUGAAGCUUUGGAGCUACGCGAGAAAUUGAACGAACAAUCUCUCAAGAUGGAAAAUCUGGAGCUCGACCUGAGUCAGGCGAACGAGAAACUGACUGUUUACCAGGAAGAACUCAAGUCUGGUGUUGACAAGGUGAUUUCGCUCGAGAAUGAGCUUAAUGGACUUCGUUCAGAGAUUGAUGCUCUGAAGGAAAGAGAGACCGCACUUAUUGACGAAAACACGAGCUUGAAAGAGGUGAUGAACCAUCGUCGCGACGAGAUCAAACGGCUGAAGACCGAGAAGGAAGAGCUCGGCAGACAGAUCACCUAUACCAGCGAGGGUAACUCUGAAGAGCUCGAGAAGGUGCGAAACGAAUUGAUUUCGUUGCAGAGCAGCACCGAAGCCCGGAUCACUGAGAUGAGCGCCAACUUGGAAUCCAAGAACGAGAAACUUGUUGAGGCCAAGACCGAGGUGUCCGGACUCAAGCAGCGGGUGUCUACGUUAGAGAAUCAGUUGGAAGAAGCCAAUACCAAAAUCCGCGAUCAUAGCACCAGUUUGGAGCAACAGCUUGAGAAGUUGGCACAGGACCUUUACUUGCAAUACUCCGCGAAACACGAGCAAAAGGUUGCCAUCCUGAAGAAGGGCUACGAAAUGAAGUGGUUGAAUAAGUUCAAGAAGCUCAACAAGGAGAACGAACAGCUUCGGAGCGAGCUUGAGAGCUUCAAGAGACGUCUUGAAGUGGAGAAUAACGAGAAGAAACAGCUGGUGAAACUUUGGGAGGAGUACGUCUCGUUAGAGAGCAACGACAAGGUUAACGCGCUACCCGACUUCAUCAAGAAGGGCGACGAGUGA